AUGUCUUCUGGUCCGUCGCCUGGAUGUCCGCCGCAAACGGGCUCCCAGCAGGAACCUACGGGCUACGGCCCACUAGAAGCAAACUCCAGCUUUGGGGAUCCAGAGGCGAGCGGCAAAUAUAUAGGUGGGCCGGGAGUGUGUAUGAUUGUGUGGUACAAGGAUACCCCUGUCGGGCCGUAUGAUGAGGUUAUUUGGAUGCCGGAGUACUUCGAGAUUCCGGGGAUGGGGAGGAAACAUGCUAGGAUAGCGAGGAUUUAUGUUUCGAGGAUGGAGUCGGUUUUUAACGAAAACCCCUUCAUCUCCAUAUCCCUAAACCCCAUCUCCAUCCCCUUCCUCUCCCGCCCCACUCUCCCCAUCUCAACCUCCUACAACCCUCUAAAUCUCGACUUCGCAAUGCCUCCCAUCCCGCAGAGCGAGAACUGGGCCGAGGACGGACAGAUGGGUUCGGUUGAUGGGGGAUGGCGGAUUUCGAGGGUUAGUGUUUCGAGAAGGUCGGCGUUCGUGAGGGUUGGUGGAAGUAGGUUGGGAUUUGUUAUGGUUGGGGAUAGGGUUGGUGGUUGUUUACGGCAUUAGUCGUUUACUGUGAAAUCGAUUGCAAGAACGGGUAUUCUGGAUAUGCUGAAGGUUUCGUAUUCGUGUAACCGAAAGGUCGAAUAGAGCGCGAUUCCUUAAACGUAACUGAGCAUGACAGCAGAAACACACGAAACCGAAAGCAAACCAAAGGGCCAUUCCGG